AUGGUUCCCAAGCCCAUCGCAGAGCCGGAUGAGAUCACCGGCCAGAGUGCACUUCCCAUCUCUCGCGUCAAGAAGAUCAUUCAGCUGGACGAGGAUAUCGUCCAGUGCUCAAACAACGCGACCUUCGUCAUUGCAAUGGCUACUGAGAUGUUCAUUAAGCACCUGGCCGAGCAAGGCUACAAUGUGGUCAAGACCGAGAGAAAGCCUCGCAAGACCGUUCAAUACAAAGAUCUUGCCUCGGCGGUAUCACACACCGACAAUCUCGAAUUCCUAUCCGACGUGAUUCCUAAGACUACGACCUACAAGCAGUUCAAGGAGAAGAAGGCCAGGGACGCGGCAGACCAGGUCACCAUGGAGAAGGGCCAGCGUACUCUCAACGGAGCAGGUGCACCACCGCCACCAGCCAACGGAAGCAGCAUGGAAGAAGCCACACCCAAGAGAGAAGAAUCAAAUACCACAUCGCCAUCAGUGCCUCGACCGAUGGUGCCUGUCAGCGCGCUGAUUGCGGACCGGACGGUCGAGCCCGUGGCCAACCAUGAUCACGAUGUGGAAAUGCAGGGUUGA